UCGCAGAACCUUUUCCCACCACUCAGGAGCUGUAAGCCGAUCGGCUUCACAAGGUUCGCAUCCAGACUAGUCUUUUUACUUCGAUCAUCUUGAUCCUCAUUAGCAUCUGAUAGUAUACAUGAUUAUGGAGAUUUUUAUUUUUUUCUCAAAAUGAUUAUCCGCCAUGUUUAUGUGACUGGGCGUUCAGCUAUUAUUGCUUUAAGUUAUUACAUUUUACCUGAGAGGAGCGAUUCGUUUAAGUUUAAUGGCAAACUGUGUGUUCUUGUGAGCAAUUACGAGCUCGGAGUGCUUUGUUUUUUGCUAUGAGAUGCGUUCUUCCCCCAUUGGGUUAGCUGUAAUUAUGUUCUUGAGUCUAUCUGUGGUUGUGACUGUUCCGGAGCUCAAUUUUAGCUAUUCGGAGCUGAUUAGAUUUGCUUUCUCGGAGAUAUGCAUGUAGUUGGAUCUCUAAAGUUAUUUCUGGUGUGAUAUUUGGAGUGUCAGCAAAAUGCAAGCUUCAGUAGAAAGUUUUUAUGGAUUUUUGGCCGAAAAAUCUGAAAUAUAAGUGCUUUUUGAAUCACUGUAUUUCAGUUUGGAAAAGGGUUGGUGUGUUUUCUCAGUUAGAAGUGGAGUCAUGGCUGUCCCUUUACUCGACAAGAAGAUUGUUAAGAAGCGUGUGAAGAAGUUCAAGAGGCACCAGAGUGAUCGCUUUGUGUCUGUUAAGCCAAACUGGCGCAGGCCCAAGGGUAUUGAUUCCCGUGUCAGGAGAAAGUUCAAAGGAUGCACACUUAUGCCAAAUAUAGGUUACGGGUCAGACAAAAAGACCCGUCAUUACCUUCCUAAUGGGUUCAAGAAGUUUGUUGUUCACAACGUGAAGGAGCUGGAAAUCCUGAUGAUGCACAACAGGACAUAUUGUGCUGAGAUUGCUCACAAUGUCUCGACUAAGAGAAGGAAGGAUAUUGUUGAACGAGCUGCUCAGCUGGAUAUUGUUGUGACCAACAAGCUUGCAAGGUUGCGCAGCCAGGAAGACGAGUAAGUGUGACAUUGCAAUUAAGUUAACUGCCCUUUUGGUUGUGAUGUUUUUUUUUUCUUUUUUUUUUUCCCUUUUCCCUUUCUAUAAAUGUGGGAUAUGGAGAUUUGAAAUCUUGAAAGGGUUUAUUAGUGGGCGAAUUUUGUUUUCUAUUACUGUGGCGUUCUUAUUUCAUCUGAACUUUGCGAAUGACAAUUUAUCCUCUUGAGACUGUUUUUGCUUGAGCUUAUCAUCCUCUUUAGUCUGUUUUCGCUUGAGCUUCUGUUGUGCUGAGCCUUUUUUUGUUGUGCUUGAGCUUAUUAUCUUCAACCCGAUACUUCUGUUGUGCUUGGUCAUGUUUAUGAUUAUUGAGUUUCGGUUUAAAAAAUAUGUAUAUCCGUUGAAAGGAUUUUUUGUGUUUACGAACGUCGAU